AUGAAGCAUUGGUUGGAGUUAUACAUUGUUAUGGCGAUUUGUACGGCAUUUGGUUGGUGCCGAAGUUGCCCUUUACCAUCUCUCUUCUCCAAUCAUAUGCAAUGCAUUAAAGAUACUGUUUCCAGAAAUUACGGCAGUUUUGAAAAAGAAAUCAGGGAACAUAAUCGUCAUGCAAUCAAAUCGUGUUUUGCUCAAACUAUCGCGGAUGGUAACCAGGAAAAUCGAUGUGUUUUAGCGCUCUCUGAUUUGGACAAUAAAGCUUGGGACCGUAAUGGCCCGUUGCGCGAUUGUUCAAUUUGUCGAACGUUUGCUAAUGGUGCAAUUAAAGCAAUGCUAUCAACCUCUGAGGAAGAACAGAAAUGUGUACGUUCUGAGGUUUCUAAAGCUGUAAAAUUGGAAACGGAAUAUUGUUUGCGGGGGAAGAUAAACAAUUUUGAUGGUAUUCCUGAAUUCCCGGAUUUCGAAGAAAGUUCAUAUGCGUUUAAGGAUGAAAUAAUCAAUUCGAUCUCAGAUCACAUUCUAAUCUAUAGCCGUCUAGCGUUCUGUAAUGAGCGGAAACCGGAACGUGCAGAAGCUACACGACGAUGUUUGAAGAAUCCAUUUGAUGGAUAUCUUGCAAAACAUUGCAAUGUUCUGAAGAGCUGUGAAAGUCAAAUCUCAGGAAAUUGUCAAGCACAAAUUGUGCAUUUAAAAAACGCAACUUGCGAUUGUGUUGAGAAUACUCGAGCAGACCUCAAAAAGCGACUUGCCUCAAUUUCGCAGGCUAUCAAAGAUACCAUUGAUAGCAAUGAUCGUGGUGCAGCAUCGAUAGGCGGUGGUAGUAAAGUGGAUCAAUGUGUAUCAAACAUUAAAAUCUUAGUGAGGACACCAGUGAAUGAUUGGAUUGAAGUUAUUGAUAAAGCAUUAGAAAAAUGCUUGAAGAAGAAGCCAGCGGGACAAAAUCUGGGCCUCGAUUCGCUCAUCAAUGUCGGUUGUCGAAAGGUAAUUGCUGAUACCACUGGAACAGCACACACGCAGCUGAAAACAGGAUUUGAUUUCAUUAACAAUUUAAUGGAUGCAAUGGUAGACCGAUCGGGGCGUUUCUGCGGUGGCGUACAUUGUGGUUGA